CCCAUGAAGAUUUAGUGCGAGAAUGUUUAAGUCUAUCAGUAAUGCUUAGAGGUCAUACGGAACAGUUACACAAUCAACAGAGUUCCACAUGGACAGAAUCCAAAGAGAGGUUGUCCAAACAUUGUUUACCUUCCUGGUAGACAAUGUGGAUCCGCGAUAUGUCAUGGCAGAACUCUACAGGCGGAGGGGGAUGUCUCGCCAACUGAUUCGACGAAUUAAUGAUGACGAAUGUAGUCGACACAGAUCAGAAAAUUUUUUUCUAGAAAUUGUGGAUACCUGUCCGUUUCACAUACUUAUAAAUUGUCUGAGACAUACAAGACACACAUUCGUGGCCAAGAGAUUGCUCAACACGUAUUGUCGAAUGAAACGGGACGGGAACACUGUCCAAAUGGCGGUCAACCAACAACUUGAGAGCCUGUCAAUCACAGACGAGAAAUAUGUGUAUGAAGAAUUAAGAUUGUAUCGCGAUAAUGGCGCGAUCGAAACACUUGAAAGACGUGUUAGCGGACUUGUGUGGAGAUGGGAUACCGAAUACAGAGAUAGCAAAUCAACAACGAAGAAGGCUUGUAUGGCGCGGAUUGUCAUGGACGCAAAAUUGGCCUGGAUUCGGUUCUUGUUGGAAGCAGACAAACCAUGUGACGUACUUUCGCAAAUUCAUGAUGUGGGGAGUCUGAUAAUUCACACCGAGCAUCCACUAAUUUCAACGGUGAUGGUUUUGGCUGUUCAGGUACAAAUGCUGCUGUUUCCUAGGAAAUCUAAUUUGGAAGAUGCUGUACAGAAAUACAACAGUAUCAAACUGAUGGCAGCGUCUUUGCCGUUGGACGCGAUUCAUUUCGUUAAUUUCUAUGUUGCCGAAUUCUGCAUUGACUGUAUUUCGUAUGAACGUACCGGAGAACAGGGCAUCAGACAAAAAAUGAGGAACUCUCUUGAUAAAAUGAUGGCCAGCGUAAAUGACAUGACCAGUGGGAAUGAAGUGGAGAAGCAGUACCGUUCAUCGUUCAUUAGAAGAAGUCUGCUGGUCAAGGUGCUUCUGUGCCUGGGUAUGACACACCGAGGAAAAUGUAUCACAGAGUCCGUAUCCGAAAACGACAUAGUCUCGGCAAAGCACGAUCUUCAACAAGUCUUCAGUGAAUGGGAGAAACUAGAAAUGAAAUGGAAGAUGCUUUUUCAUGUUGCACAAGCGAGGCUGCAAAUGUUUGAAGGGAACCAUGAAGAAGCCCUCGCGCAGGCUGAGCAUGCGCAGAGCUUAUCUCAUCAGCUCCAUCACUCUGAGGAAAGGCGGAAUAUCUUUCACCUUUUGCAGAAUGUUAGGAAUACCUUGAAGGGCUGAACAAAAAUAAAAAGAUAUGUACAUAAUCAUGUAAAUAUAGAUACAACAAAGCUUGAUAGUGACGCUAAUCUGAAACGAAAUGUCAUCGGAAUCUGACAAUGAGAAAUUUUCUGAGAUUUUGUUCUUCUGAAAACAACAUUAGAUCUACAUAACAAUGCGUAAUAAACGGCUUUUAUUCCAAAAAAUAAGGAAUAAUAAUAUAAUGUAUGAAAAUUACAUUAACUAUUCUGUGACAACCAUCUACUUUUAGAAUCAAAACUAACUUAUUGAGUUUUUGCUCAAACUUUUUAUACGUGCUGUGUAUAGUGACACAAGGAACUACAUUACUUAUUUUCCCUGUACAGUUACAGGUUUACCGCCUACAUGACCCUAGCCGGAGUUUCCUCUGACCCCAACAACAUGUCUGGUGACAUAUCGUUGUCAUAACUCCAUCUACUGCUAGUUUUUUUUUGUUUUUUUUUUUCGCGUGCUUUACAGUGUUUUCCUUCGGCGUGGCUGAUCUGGGAUUUGAACUUCCUGACGUUAAUGUUUAUCGUAAGGCAGAUUCUUAACAUGUACGUGUUUAUGGGUACACUUUGUUGGGGUAACUUAUAGUAUUGAUUCAUAUAACUAACUAUACAUACGGUACUUAUCAUUUCUUUAACUUUCUUGUUUUAGUAAACACGAUAUUUGAUGGGGGGGAAAAGUCAAAUACAUGUCAAAUAAUGAGAUCAUAAGAAAUAAUAUUAUAUUAACCAUCCACACAUCAACUUAUACAUCAUACUAAUAUAUAAUUAUGUAUGUACAUCAAAAUAUGCUUUAAUACAUUAUUGCAGUUGUUUAAUCGUUUAUGUAUGUAUGACGUGCUAGGUUUUCGAGGUGGAUGAAAUUAAGCCGGGGUACCAAGAGAAAACUAUCGGCCUAUCAUUAGGACCAAGUAACUGCCCCACGCAGGUUUCGAACUCACAACCCAGAGGUGGAGGGCUAAUGAUAAAAUGUUGGGACACCUUAACCACUCGGCCACCACGGCCCCUCACGUAUGUGGUGGAUAGCUAUAGCUGUGGUUUGUUUGUGUUUGUCUUGUGAUAGCGGGAACUGAGAACGUUCAGUUCAUGAAGAUAAACCCAAAGACGCUUAAUAUUCCGGAACAGCUGAUCUCGAUUACUCUCUUGUCAAUUUUUAAGGUCUCCAUAGAUUUUUGUUUAUAUAUUUGCUCUGUUUUAUCGAUUUUGAUUAAAAUAUUAUAUUUUUGUGUA